GCAACCCAACAACACAAUCUCUCUCUCUCUCUCUCUCUCUCUCUCUCUCUCUCUCUCUCUCCUGAAGUUGGAACUUGAAAACUCUUCUUUCAUUUCAUCUUCAUUUUUCUAAGUGUAAUUCAUUAUAAUCGCAAAAUGGGUGUAAAAGGCUUCGUUGAAGGCGGCAUAGCUUCCAUCAUAGCCGGAGCUUCCACGCACCCACUUGACCUCAUCAAAGUCCGCAUCCAACUUCAAGGCGAAUCCCACCUCCCCAACCCUGCAAUGCAGCCUGGUUUCCGCCCGGCCCUCGCCUUCACCUCCGCCACCACCUCCAUGCCUUCUACAUUCUGCGCACCCGCGCCGCAACCACCCCGAGUGGGGCCUGUCUCCCUUGGACUCCGCAUUGCCCAGACCGAAGGCGUUGCAGCGCUGUUCUCCGGGGUCUCCGCCACCAUCCUCCGCCAAACCCUCUACUCCACCACCCGCAUGGGCCUCUACGACAUCCUCAAGCGGAAAUGGGCCGACCCUGAAUCCGGAAACCUCCCGCUCCCGAGCAAGUUAGCCGCGGGACUGGUCGCUGGAGGCGUUGGCGCCGCCGUCGGCAACCCCGCUGACGUGGCAAUGGUCCGCAUGCAGGCCGAUGGGCGCCUCCCGAUCCACCAGCGCCGCAACUACAAGAGUGUGAUCGACGCAAUUCGGGAAAUGUCUAAACACGAGGGGAUCACUAGCCUAUGGCGCGGCUCAUCUCUUACGGUGAACCGUGCCAUGAUCGUCACGGCGUCACAGCUGGCGUCUUACGAUCAGAUGAAGGAGGUGAUAUUGGAGAAGGGCAUCAUGAAAGACGGGAUUGGGACCCACGUGGUGGCGAGCUUCGGGGCCGGGUUCGUGGCGGCCGUGGCAUCGAAUCCGAUCGACGUGAUCAAGACGAGGGUGAUGAAUAUGAAGGUGGAGGCCGGUGCUACGGCACCGUACUCCGGUGCGUUGGAUUGUGCGAUGAAGACAGUGAGGGCUGAGGGUCCCAUGGCUUUGUAUAAGGGCUUUAUUCCUACCAUCUCAAGGCAAGGACCUUUUACUGUGGUCUUGUUCGUUACCUUGGAGAAGGUCCGGGAGCUCCUCAAAGAUUUUUGAUUUUUUUUCCUUUUUGUAAUUAAUAUUCAUUCAUUAUUUUUUUAAGAGAAAAUCAUA